UUCGACGGCGGCCAUAUUUUACUUACAGAGAGUCGCCCUUUGCUAUUUAGGGAAGUGUUAAUUUUGGUCAUAUUUUAGUGAAUAAUGAUUUUUAUGAGUUAAUAGUAUCAUUUUUAAUAUCAGUGAUCAGUGCGCUUUUUGUAACAUAUAAAAUAUCUUGCCAAACGUUGACUGAUGUGGAGUUAUCAAUAUUUCCUGUUUCGGUUCCCCAAUCUAUUCUAAACAGAAAAUGGCCGACGGUGUUGGUGCGGGUGUCUUCUUUGUUUAGGCUGAUUUAUAGUGAAAAUAAAGAGAUAAAGAAAUAAUGCCUAGUGCCUCGUUUUCAUCUUCGCGUUCUUACGUCCGUAGAUCGCGAAGAAAAGGCGGACAUAGGAUACCACUACCAUCCAGGACACAAUCAAGCGAACCAUGUGAGUCGGUGCCGUGCCCGAACAACGUGACUGGCAGCGCGAUGGCAGCGACCGCGUGCGCGGGGCCGAGCGGCAGCGGCGGCGGCGGCUCGCCCCCCGUACCCGCCGCGGCGCCCGCCACCACGGCCGGCCACCACAGCCCGUACGACCUGCGGAGGAAGUCGCCGCCGGCGUACCACGAGCCCGGCCCCUCGGGCGCGUGCUCCUUGCCGGCCAGGAAGAGACCUAGGACUGAUGCCAUUUACAGAUCGCUGUCACAAGGCGUAGAUGUGUGCAAUGUAUCGCAGUACCUGCAAUAUGAACUUCCGGAUGAAGUAUUACUUUGUAUACUAUCCCAUCUCACGGAGCGCGACUUGUGCCGCGUCGCGCAGGUCUGCAAGCGGUUCAAUACAAUCGCUAACGACACUGAACUAUGGAAAAGCCUGUAUCAGUCGGUGUUCGAAUACGAUACCCCAUUAAUGCAUCCCGCGCCGUGCCAGUUUGAGUUCGUAGCGCCUGAUGAGUGUGAAGCCGACAAUCCCUGGAAGGAGAGUUUCCGUCAGCUUUACUAUGGCAUCCAUGUGCGACCCAAUUAUCGCUCCAAGAAAGACUCUCGCAUAAAACAUUUUAAUACUAUAAGGGCGGCUCUCGAAUACGUGGAGGAGCGGGGCGGCGGGAGCGGCGGUGUGGGCUCGUCGAGCAGCGGCGGCGGCAGCAGCCCCGCCAUCGCGGGCGCGAGCACGGGCGCGUGCGCGUGCGGCGCGGGCGCGUGCUCGUGCCGCCGCGCCUCCACCUCGGCCUCCGCGCCCGCGCCCGCGCUGCUCUUCGUGCACGCGGGCCUCUACCAGGAGGAGUGUCUCGCUAUCGACACGGACAUACAACUUAUCGGUUGUGCGGCGGGCAACGUGGCGGAGUCGGUGGUGCUGGAGCGCGAGGCGGAGUCGACGCUGACGUUCGCGGAGGGCGCGAGCCGCGCGUACGCCGGCCACAUGACGCUCAAGUUCUCGCCCGACGCGACCAGCACCAUGCAGCACCACAAGCACUACUGCCUCGAGGUGUCCGACAACUGCUCGCCCACCGUCGACCACUGCAUCAUACGCAGCGCUAGCGUCGUGGGUGCGGCGGUGUGCGUGUCCGGCGCGGGCGCGAACCCCGUGAUAAAGCACUGCGACAUCAGCGACUGCGAGAACGUCGGCCUGUACGUGACCGACUACGCGCAGGGCGCGUACCAGGACAACGAGAUAUCGCGCAACGCGCUCGCCGGCAUUUGGGUGAAGAACUUUGCGAACCCCAUCAUGCGCCGCAAUCACAUACACCACGGCCGCGAUGUUGGCAUAUUCACGUUUGAGAACGGACUGGGUUAUUUCGAGGCGAACGACAUACACAACAACAGAAUCGCCGGUUUCGAGGUGAAGGCCGGCGCAAACCCCACCGUAGUGCACUGCGAGAUACACCACGGUCAGACCGGCGGUAUCUACGUGCACGAGUCGGGCCUCGGCCAGUUCAUAGACAACAAGAUACACUCGAACAACUUCGCGGGCGUGUGGAUCACGUCCAACAGCAAUCCCACCAUACGCAGAAACGAGAUAUACAACGGGCACCAGGGCGGCGUGUACAUAUUCGGCGAGGGGCGCGGACUGAUUGAGCACAAUAAUAUUUAUGGGAACGCACUCGCUGGAAUUCAGAUUCGCACAAAUAGUGAUCCAAUAGUAAGGCACAAUAAAAUUCACCAUGGGCAGCAUGGUGGUAUAUACGUGCAUGAGAAAGGACAGGGUUUAAUAGAAGAGAAUGAGGUGUAUGCCAAUACAUUAGCUGGAGUGUGGAUCACUACUGGCUCUACACCUGUUCUUAGGCGUAAUCGGAUUCAUUCGGGAAAACAGGUUGGCGUGUACUUUUAUGAUAAUGGCCAUGGUAAAUUAGAAGACAAUGAUAUAUUUAACCAUUUAUAUUCCGGAGUGCAAAUCAGAACCGGGAGCAAUCCCGUAAUUAGGGGCAAUAAGAUAUGGGGUGGCCAGAAUGGCGGUGUUUUAGUUUAUAAUGGCGGUCUUGGCUUAUUAGAACAGAAUGAAAUAUUUGAUAAUGCCAUGGCCGGAGUCUGGAUAAAAACAGACUCAAAUCCCACCUUGAAAAGAAAUAAGAUAUUUGAUGGUCGCGACGGCGGUAUAUGCAUAUUUAAUGGAGGAAAGGGCGUACUAGAAGAGAACGACAUAUUCCGUAACGCGCAGGCGGGCGUGCUGAUAUCGACACAGAGCCACCCGGUGCUGCGGCGGAACCGCAUCUUCGACGGGCUCGCCGCCGGCGUCGAGAUCACCAACAACGCCACGGCCACGCUCGAGCACAAUCAGAUAUUUAAUAAUAGGUUUGGAGGUUUAUGUUUAGCGUCUGGUGUGUCACCGCUGGUGCGGGGCAACAAAAUAUUUAGCAAUCAAGAUGCCGUCGAAAAGGCGGUCGGCGGCGGCCAGUGCCUCUACAAGAUAUCUUCCUACACAUCCUUCCCUAUGCACGACUUCUAUAGAUGCCAGACGUGUAACACGACAGACCGCAAUGCAAUUUGUGUCAAUUGUAUUAAAACGUGUCACUCUGGACACGAUGUUGAAUUUAUACGCCAUGACAGAUUCUUCUGCGACUGCGGCGCCGGCACGCUGUCGAACCAGUGCCAGCUGCAAGGCGAGCCGACGCAGGACACGGACACGCUGUACGACUCGGCCGCGCCCAUGGAGUCGCACACGCUCAUGGUCAACUGAGCCGCCGCCUGCCCGCCGCACGCACGACCGACGAGCGCUUGCGCACUAACUGUUUGACAUGCGUGUGUGUUGCAUUAUGUCGUCCCCUCCCUCGAGAGUGUGUCGCGUUGGAUGAUGUCGUCCCAGCUGUCGAGGUUCAUGUCGUUUCAAUCGAUCACUUUAAAUUGAAUGAUAGUUGAUUAUAGUCAGUGAAACAAUGGUUACAAUGUAUUUGGUGUCUGUGUAUCGCUACACAUUAAAGUAUUCAGUUUAAAAUUAAUAGCACUUUAGUGAUAUACUGUAAAAUUGUAAAACCAUUCAAAUAGAUCUUGGAUGAGUCCAAAAAGUAAUCCUUCUGACCAUAUAAAUCUCUGGUAUGCAAAAAGUAUGUACAUGAUAAUUGUGUUUUUAAUAUUGUCAUUAAAUAUAUGUAUGAAUCCAGCACUUUUUGCCCAAUUCGGUCGUAUUUUGAAAGGAAGUAGAGCAUGUACUAAAUGAACAAUACUAUUCCACUAUCUUAUACUAAUGUUAUUUGUUGCGAAUAUCUCAUUUACAAGACACUUACUGGAUUUUUAAUAAACAUAUUAUUUUAUGACAAAUACUAAAUACAUAUAUGUCUGUUUAUAAAUCCUUUCAUACUAAUACACAAUUAUGUGUCAAACUUUAGUGGACUGGCUACAAAUAGCUUGUCAGACCCUGGUUGAGGGCUAUCGUUCUCUAUCGCUAAUAGAAUUUCAUCAAAUACUAUAGUUUGAUAAAAUGAAAUCCUCUUAG